UUGCUACCGCGCGUCAAACCUUAUUGGCUGUCGAUGUCUAUCUGUGGCGACUACGCGGAGAUGAGAGAGGGCACCAGGGGAGAGCAUGUGUGUACAGCUUGAACUUAUAUAUUCGCCUCUCCUCUCCAGUUUCUCAACUUUCUUCAUAAAUAUCUGAUUUUAGGGGGAUUGCGUCGAAGGGUCUACGAGGACCAUCAUGUUUUUUUGUCGCGGAGCGAGGCUGUCGCUGUCGCCUUUAGAUCAAGCUUUAAAAUCAUCGGCUUUAGUGCCAUGCACAGCAAACAGACCGAGGAACAUAACGUGGACGUUACCUAAUAAGUACGUUUUACAUGAUCGCCGUUCGCUGUCGACAUCGAACGCUAAUCUCGAUUAUUCAACUGUGCCCCGCAGCGAGAAAACCUACAUUACUAUCAAAAAAUGGGACUCGUCGUCACCUUUCAUAACCACGGACUUUACAAGAUUGAAUCGGAAGGUAACCAUUGCAUCGCAUCUCCACAGAAGCCUACCAAAAGUGACUUAUGGAGCCCAUGGGGACGAGCAGAUACCUAUGUUAGCUAACAGGUGCUCGGCCAUGAGAGCAGAAGUAUUUGAUCGUGGUUUGUUUUGGGAUGGCGGGACGAUCUGCAGCCCGCUCGGAGCCGCUAUGACCGUGCAGACUCGAGCCUCUUCAACGGCGGCGGCCGCGAAGAAACCCGGGCAAGAAACCGGGGAAACGGACAACAAAGGGGAAGAGCAGCAUUCGAAGGGGCCCUUGACCUCUCCGUCGCCCGCCUCCCCGACUGGGCCGGAGGGGAUGGGGCCGGAGCCGGACAGGCCCAGCAAGGCCCAGCAGCUGAAGAAGGUCUUUAAGGAGUACGGGGCCGUGGGGGUCUCCUUCCACGUCUGCAUCUCCCUCAUGUCCCUCGGGAUGUUCUACCUCCUCGUCUCCAGUGGCAUCGACAUGGCGGCCGUGCUCUGCAAGCUGGGCUUCAGCGAGGCCGUGGUCCAGUCCAAGAUGGCGGCGGGCACCAGUACCUUUGUCCUGGCCUACGCCGUGCACAAGCUGUUCGCCCCGGUGCGCAUCAGCAUCAGCCUGGUGUCGGUCCCCCUCAUCGUGCGCUAUCUGAGGAGGACUGGCCUCUUCAAGACCCCCGCACCCUGAUGAGGGUCCAACCCCCACCACCAACAACACCCCCCCCCCCCCCCCCUCGUGUGUGUGUGUGUGUGUGUGUGUGUGUGUGUGUGUGUGUGUGUGUGUGUGUGUGUGUGUGUGUGUGUGUGUGUGUGUGUGUGUGUGUGUGUGUGUGUGUGUGUGUGUGUGUGUGUGUGUGUUCAGUCAUAACCCUAUGCCUUCAAGUGCUUGAAUUCCAUGAUUUAGUCUCAGGUCUCGUUGCCAUUGUGAACCUUUAUGGGUGAAACAUUUGUGGUUUGUUUUUUUGUCUUGUUUUUGUGUUAGCACAGAGACAUAGCAAUAUCAACUUGUUUGUGUUCAUUUCCUUGCUUUAGCUAAAAAAAUCAAACGAAGAAGAAUGCAGUUUUAACUGCCCUGCUCAUUAUAUUGUGGUUGGAAAUGUUAUUUUCCUUGCUGGUGUGCAUUUAAAGAAAGAAAACGGUGGCUAGAAGUGGUCGAAUAUUUAUUUUCAAUCGCUCGUAAUAGCGUCUGUGUGUGGUGUACAUUUUUAAAAACAAGUGAAAAACGGCGUUGGUUCAUUCUUGACGGUGUCAUCAGUCCUUUUGUUGUAGCCUCUCAAAGCCCCCCCCCCUGGGAUUGUUUCCCUACCUUCACCUUCCCCUAUAAGCUGACUCUGCCAUGUUCCGGCGGCCCAUGCAUCAGCAGAAUAAUUCAGGUUCUCUGUCCCCUACCUCUCACCCCCUUAUGCCUUCCACCUCUCUCGUCUUUCUCCAGAACUGGCUCCCUCGCUCUCCUUUGCUGUAUCUCUUCCUUUGUCUCAACUCUUCCUCAUUCCAAACUUUUUUUGUCUCAGUCGCUUUUUUUCCCCUUUCUUCCCACCCUCCUCUGUUCUAUCUUAGCCAUUGUUUUCAUGUUUCUCUCUCUCUGAAGCAGCUCGAUUUCUGUUUCUUUCUCCCUCGUUACGCUUCCCGUCUGCAUUCCAGCGGCCAAGCAAUCCCAACUUGGUGUGCGUUAUUGUUUUGAUGAAGAUCAUGGUUCUAUACUAAAUGUGGGCAAACAACAAUACUACACGUCUAUUACUUAAUAACCCCAUCUGGACAUUGUGGUUGUACUUUUGAGCUUGUUUUUGAAAAUCCGAUUGAAGUUGUAUAUUAAAUAUUUAAAAAUGAUCUGAAUUUGCUGUUGCAUUUUUUUUUAACAUCAUACUGUAAAGGAUACUACCAAUUUAUAAAUUUACAACUACAAUCUCUUGAUUAUCCUACCUAUCUUUAAACUGAGAUGCAGGAGAAUUUGAAUAUCGUCUACUUUAGUAUUUUUGAAUAAAGAAAAUAAGGACGGCAAUUAUAUUACAAUCCAGCACUUAUCAUGAAAUGCAUCCCUUUGUCCACAGUGAGGCGCUCUUGAACCAUAAAUAGGCAGUAUUUUACUCUUCUGUUCAUUCAAAAUGAACAGAAGAAUAGAUGGUUUACCAGCCAAUCCUGAUGACGAUUGAUGUUUUACCAGCCAAUCCACUUCCUGGAGAUCAUAUUCAUACUCUGGCAGUAGAGCAUACUUUUAAUGAGAAUUAUUCAAUUAAGAUACUAAUUCAUAGACGAAUAAUGUAUUUUUCAAUUAGUGUUAUUCACUGGGGGAAGGAGGGGUACAUUUGACAUAACAAGAUCCCCUAUUACUUAAAAGGAUUUUAGAUGAAUGUUUUUACUAAAACAUAAUUGAUUACCCUAGUGUUUACUUUGAACAUCUAAUAUGAUAGAGUAACAUGUAAUGUUCUAAGACCUGU